GGUAAGGUGACUCCUCCAGUUGCACAGCCGGUGCUGCAGGAACAGUUCCUGCUCCCUUGCGCUCACGGGGCCUCCUAAAGUCUGACGUGACGUGAAUUCUGGCAUGUCCCAUUCGGAAUAAUCCGUAGUCCAAGGGGUCGGAUGAUGGAUUCGCGGAUUGUGCUGCCCGCUCUCCUGCUGGUCUUGGGUUUGGCGACGGGCUUCGCUCAGUCUCCUGCUACUGGCAAAGCGUGUGAGACAAAGAACGGGACAAGCUGUGAGGAAUGUCUGAAAAAUGUGACGUGCCUGUGGUGUAGCAAAACCAAGAUGUGUAUCACGUAUCCAGUGAAUACCAUCCUCCCGCCCCACGCUCUCUGCCCACUGAAUGAGGCUCGCUGGGGACUCUGCUGGAUGAACUUCCAGAUCCUGAUCAUCACCUUGUCAGUGUUUGGCGCCAUCCUCAUCAUAGCCUUCAUGAUCUGCUUGUUCUGCUGCUGCAAGUGUGAGAACUUUGGAUCCCAAAGGUUUGAGGCCAAAAUGCAGAGACAAGGUGAUAAGAUGAAAACGAAGCAGGAGGAAAGGAGGACAGAGAUGACGCAGAGACACGACGAAAUCAGGAAGAAAUAUGGUCUAAGUGGACAAAACCCAUACUCCAAAUUUGCAUGAGAUUAUCAGACGCCGUGAAGCUCCAGUUGUUCCCCGAUGGCUCCCAUCACAGACUGCAGCAGACUGUCUUGUUGUUGUGAAUGAAGAAAUGACCCGAGGAUUAUUGUAAAUUAUAAUUAACUUCAUGUCAGAAAAGUGACAGUAGUUGUGUAUAGACGGCCUCUGGUGUCAUUCGGUCGAUGAACAUGAAUGUUAUAUUCACUGUGAUGAUCCGAGAGGCUGUAACCAACAGAUGUCGCAGCAGGGUUCUACCGGACUUGUGCAGUGUAUCCUGUGGCUCCUAUAGCUUCAGUCCACUCAUACUAUUUAUUAGUUUGAGUUUAAUUGUACAGUGUGGAAAGAGUCCUGUUUGGUAGCUGAACCAUUCUUUCCUUUUGCUUAAGAAAAUCUGUUAAAUCUGUAAAUGUUAAAAUAUCACGUUGUUUAAUGUUGCUCUGAGUUGCUGCUGAGUUUAGAAAUAUAUUUUUUUUUUUUACGUGGUGUAAUUUUUUCAUUUUCUUCUUUCAAAACGACUCAAUACUCUGAAAUGUACAUGUUGGUGUUACCACUGUAUGACCCACUCAUAACAAUGAUUUAAAAAAAAAAGUUAAUUCAAUGACACCAUUAAAUCUUCAAUUAAAUUAAUAAAGCAAUCAUUAACUUAAUUUGGAUGUGUUUAUCCUUACCUGGGGUUGAAAUCAGCCUAAUUCUACUUUUACCUGUAUUUCAUGUAAGGACACUGUAAAGACUUAACUAGGCCCAGAUAAUUAAUUCUGCCAGUGACAUUUGUCGUUUGUGCUUGGGCUGCAUUAUGUUUGAAUAAAAUCAUAGAUUUUACCUUUUA